AUGGAGUCCACGUUUCUCGAUUAUCGUGAACAAGGACAGCGGGACAGGGAUUACGGUCGAGCGUUGAUCACGAGUGUGAGCAAUAGAAUCAAGGCAGAAUUUGCUGGUCUUGAAAAUGAAUUUGCUAGUCUGGAAAAUAAAAUUGCGAAACGUCCUGCAACGCAACAACUACAAGAUCAGACUGAAGAAAAACAUCCUACGACGCCACUGUUACGGGCUCAGAUUGCGAGGGAGGAUCUUGUCUUUAUGGUUCUGCUGAUUGAGAUGUAUGGCAGCCAGGUUGUCAUACCUUCAGGUAAUUGUAAGCAUGACUGGAUCGCUGAACAAGUGUGGUUCAAGCAAGAAGACCUGACUUCGUCGAUCAUCCCAACGCUUCACUACCACUUCGAUGGGAAACCUGUAUGGGUUUGCGACAGGACCGUCGGUGCCUACUCGCCUCACCCGCACAUUAUACAUCCUCCCUUGACAUCAUGUCCAACCCAUGGGCUAGGAGCAGGCUGCGAGACUAUGAUUAUGACAGUUCCUUUAGAGCUGCGCCAUAUCCUGUGUAUACCAGUUGCUGAUAUUCCAACACGCAAAUGUAUCGAGCAUGUCUACAGGGUAGGCACCGCCGGCCCCACAAGCCGUUGA